CCGCCUUCUCUACCAGUUUCUUUCUUUUUGCUUUUGCAUAACCAACAAUUAACGACUUAAAGCUGAGGAAUUAAACACAAUAACAAUUAAAACAUCAACAGCAACAGCAGUAACUGCAAAACCCAACAACUGGCAGGGCCAGAAAACAUGACCUAAAGGCACUGCCUGAGCCACGUCCCCAUCAACAACAAAAACAACCAGGCUAUGCUAUCCAGUGCCAUCUGUUACGAAAACUUGAAUUUAUGAAGCGAGUGACAUAAAUCACAAAAUACGAAAACCGAAAAGCUGCAAAACAGCAGCUGAACAAAGCAGCAGAAGCAGAAGCAGACAGAGCCACAGCCAGAGCCAAAGAAUAGCAUGCAAUUAGCAGCAACAACUGAGCCCCAACAUGGAUAAGAAAUCAAAGACAAAGUCUAAAACGAAAAGCCUCAAGCCGAACAAGGAAUCAAGCACCCAGCUGGAUGUGGAUCUAUGGGAGCAAAAUGAGGAUCGUUUCACUAGCUGUGAAUUCACUUCGGAGCGAGGCAAGCCACUCAAAUUGCCUCAUAGUAGCAAGCCAGCAACAGCAGCUGGCGUCGGAGCUGGAGUUGGAGCGGGUCCUGUGGCAGCAGCAGGCGGUGGCAAUGUAGUGUGUCCUGGCAAUGCGGCAGCUUUAACACCCACGCCAUCGGGUAAGCAGGCAGCACCGCCUCAGUUAACCACCACGCCCACAGCCAUAAGCAUUGCUGGCUGCGCCUCCGGCACGGCGCUGGUCACACUGGACGCUGACGUGGUGGCUAUUGAGACAGGCGAUCCGGAACGCGGUAAUUGGACGGGACGCUUUGAUUUUCUGCUUUCGCUGCUUGGCUACUCCGUAGGCCUUGGUAACGUCUGGCGCUUUCCCUAUCUGUGCUACAACAAUGGAGGUGGUGCGUUCUUAAUACCCUUUACCAUCAUGCUCAUCAUAGCGGGUCUGCCGCUCAUGUUCAUGGAGCUCUCGUUUGGCCAAUAUGCUGCCCUGGGGCCGGUGGCCAUCUAUCGACGCUUCUGCCCGCUCUUUCGUGGCCUGGGCACCGGCAUGGUCAUCGUUUCGGCCAUUGUCAUGCUGUACUACAAUCUGAUCAUCGCCUGGACCAUAUUCUAUAUGUUUGCCUCGUUCCGUACCCAGCUACCUUGGCAGAACUGCGAGCCGGAAUGGAGCACGCAGCAUUGCUUCUCCUACGUGGCGGCCGAUCAGUGUGAUGCGAUUAAUGGCACCUACUAUCUUCGCAACUGCUACAAUUCGAGCUAUGCUGAGGCAAACAAUAUUACAGGCCUGGCGCUGCACGCCCUGAAGCGUCCUCCAGCCGAGGAGUACUUCAACAACUUUGUGCUGGGCCUGUCGUCGGGCAUCGAGGAAACGGGCAGCAUCAAAGUCUCUCUGGCCGCCUGCCUGCUCAUCGCCUGGGCCAUUGUCUUUCUGUGCCUGUGCAAGGGCGUCCAGUCCUCCGGCAAGGUCGUCUACUUUACGGCACUCUUUCCGUAUGUGGUUCUGGUCAUACUCUUCUUCCGUGGCGUUACCCUACCUGGCGCCAGCACAGGCAUACUGUUUUAUCUAACGCCCGACUGGAAGCAACUGGCCAAUGCUCAAGUCUGGGGCGAUGCCGCGGUGCAGAUAUUUUUUGCUUUGAGCCCCGCAUGGGGUGGCCUCAUCACGCUGUCCUCAUACAACAAAUUCUCCAAUAACUGCUAUAAGGAUGCCCUUAUUGUUGCCUUUUGCAACAUAGCCACCUCAUUCUUUGCGGGUCUAGUCAUUUUUUCGAUAAUUGGAUUUCUCGCACACGAGCUGGACGUGGAGGUGAAAAAGGUUGUGGAUCAGGGCGCUGGCUUGGCAUUUAUUGUAUAUCCGGAGGUGGUGACUCGCCUGCCCAUCUCACCUGUGUGGUCUGUGCUGUUCUUCGUCAUGCUGCUCACCCUCGGCCUGGACUCGCAGUUUGCUCUGAUGGAAACCGUAACUACUGCCAUUUUGGACAAGUUUCCAAAUCUGCGACAAUACAAAACUUGGGUUGUACUCUUUGUGGCCAUAUUUGGCUACACGGGCGGCCUCGGCUUUACCACCAAUAGCGGCAUGUACUGGCUGCAGCUGAUGGACAAAUACGCCGCCAAUUGGUCUGUGCUGCUUAUAGCUAUACUGGAGUGUUUGCUAAUUGCCUGGAUCUAUGGAUCACAGCGUUUCCUCAACGACAUACAGGGCAUGAUUGGCAAGCGUUCGCGCUUAUGGAACUUUUUCUGGGGCUUUAUGUGGCGCUAUAUAACACCAGCAACGCUAUUGUUCAUUUUAUUCUUCAACUGGGUAGAGUACAAGCCCGCUCAGUACGGACAUUAUAUAUACCCUCUAUGGGCGGAUAUUGUGGGCUGGAUCGUUGGCCUAUUACCGGUGCUUAUCAUAAUUGCGGUGGGUGUGCAGCAAAUCUGCAAGGCACCAAGCCAUCUGGGCUUCAAGGAACGCCUCAAGCAUCUGUUAAAACCCACCGCCGAAUGGGGACCUGCCGGCAGACCCUGUGUCAAUUUGCAUGCCGAACGCUAUCAGAGCCAGAACUACGAUGGUGUGACCAAUACUCAAAUACUAAUAAGUGGAGCACCAGCGGAACUGAUGCCGUACGAAGACGCGGGCAAUGGCAAUGACAACGGCAACGACGAGCGGGUUAACGCAUCCUCGUCAGCGAUGGCCGCCAGCGUUGACGUUGAUGUGUUGCCUAUGACGGUGGGUAAGCUGCCCGGGCCGAGCAUACUAAAGACAUCGGCUAGGCACAGCAGCAACAGCAAUCAGCAGAAAGCUCAAGCGGAGAAUGGACGCAACAAGUCCAUACCAAUGGCAAAUCCCAGCCGACCGCCGCUCAUCGAAGCGAGCAAUGAUGGCCAAACAACUGCCAGCAAGCAACUGAAGACACCAGCAACAGCAACAGCAACAGUUGCAGCUACCACCAAAGUGUUGUCUACUGGCACCAUGAGCAGCGGACGUGAGUGCAACACCAUGUCUACGUUUGCUGCAGCAGAAACUAUGCCUGAAGAGCCAGCUAAGUCCAAGACAGCAGCUGCUGUUGUUGCCAGCUCACAGGCCAAAGCUGCAACAACUAACAAUAUUGCCACGAUGCCAACUGGCACUAAGCCAAAUAUAGCUCUGACUACUUUUAUGCCAGCCACAAAGCCAAUAACAACAGCUGUUGCGAACGGCAUUCCCAGCAAAACUGCUGCAACAGAUGUAAAUGUGAGUGUUGCCAGCAUUGACCGAGUCGGUGCAACAGCAACAGUUGCUGCCAUUCAAAAGCCCCAAAUAAUAGAGACACUAAACGUAUCAACAACGUUGAAGCCGAGCGUGACUGUUGCAAAUAAAACGCUAAAGACAGCGCCAACAGUAGCUGCUAUGACAGCAUCUACUUCAAUUAUAGCCACCGACAAUGCAACAAAGAUUAUUACAACAAUAUCAAAGCCAACUGCAAGCAUUGCUACCAAGCCAGCUACAACUGUUGCUUCAAUGACAGCAAUAACUGUCAGUGUUACUGCCAAGCCUCAAGCAUUUACAUCGGCAACUGUAUUAGCAACAAGUGUGGAUGGUAAGGUAACACAGCCAGCAGCAACAGCUGCAACUGUUGCAAGCAAUGUGCCAAAGAUAGCACCAGCAGCCACAGAAGUAAAAUUGGCCACUGCUGCAAGUAACCCGACUAAAGCAUCAGCAACUGUUGCAAGCAAUGUUCCAAAGAUAGCACCAGCAACAGCAGAAGUGACAUCGGCCACUGUCGCUAGUAACCUGACUAAAGCAUCAACAACAACAGCAACUGUUGCAAGUAAUGUGUCUAAAGCAGCAACAGCAACAGACAAAAUAGCUGCAACAGCAUCUACCACAGCUAUUGCCAGCAACACAGCAACUGCCACAAAGGCAGCCUCUGCAACAGCAACAAUUUCUGCUGUUGUUAACAGUAAUACAACAGGGGCAAUUCGAAAAGAAGCAACUAAGACCCCAGCAAACGUAGCACCAACUAUUGAUAUGAAAGCUACAGCAACUCAGAAAAUUACUACUCCAAAGCCAGCUGCAAUUGCUAUGGGAGCAAUACCAACACCAGCAGCAUCGGUUGGCAUGCCAGCAACAGUAAAAGCAUCGACAACAGCAGCUGCAUCUAAUACCACAGCAACAGCAGCCACAAAGAAAGUAGCAGCAGCUGCAAAAAAGCCUGCUUCGCCUACUAAAAACGCUACAACUUUUCCAACAGCAGCAAACACCACACCUACUAAAAAGAACACAACAUCACCGUCAGCCGUAUCGACAACAGCUCCAAAAUCCAUAGCAACAUCACCAACUAAAAAGGCAACAACUUUCCCUACAUCAGCAACACCAAAGCCGGCAACAGCAACAACAAAGCCCACAGCAACGUCACCUACUAAGAAGGUGACAACAUUCUCAGCCACAGCAACAGCAACAUCGCCCACAAAAAAGUCCACAACAUUUGCAGCAACACCAACAGCUGGCAAGUCCCAGACAACCAAACAAACACCAACAUCUAUUAACAGCAACAUCAGCGGCAUGAGCAGCAUGUCCCCAAAGCUGAACAAGCCAACAACAACGGCAAGUUCUACAAAGACAACAUCAAAUACUACACCAACAGCAAGCAAAACGAAAGCAGCUGCAACUUCUAAGAAAUAAAGAAAAGCUCAACU